AUGCGAGUUUGCCGCGAAAUCUUUUGUCGCGGCCGCCCAGGAGGUGCUCAAUCGGGCGGGCGCGCAUCGGCGCGUGGGCCGGGCGCCUUUCCUCGUGGACCGGGCGGCCACGUGCGGCGUCCUCGUUUGAGUGCGACAGUGACUUGCUAUUUGCUAGUGCAUCGCGGAAAUUCGAAGAAAAAUCCCCGGUCCAUGAGUGUGAGAAAUAAUCCGAAUCGUGUGUCGUGGGUGCGGCAAGAACCUCUCUUCGGGGCUGGCGAUGCGCAUCCUUUGUGGCAAGUUAAAAGAGGGGAAUGGACGAGAUGGCGACACGGACACGGUCGACGAGACGGGCGGUACGGACGAAGCGGUCGGCCGAAACUGUGGAACUCAGGAGAGGGCGGCGCGGGGACCCAGACAGCGACGCGGACGAGACGGGGACGAGACGGGGCGCGGGGACGAACGCGGGGCGCGGGACGAGGACUGCGGCGCGGGACGAGGAUGAGCGCGGCGACGAAGACUGCGCGCGGGACGAGACUGCGGCGCGGGACGAGACGCAGCGCGGGAUGGAUGGCUGUCGAGGGUAUUCUGCGACUGCUGCAGGUGAAUUGUAGGAUGGAGUGUAAUGUAGUGAAUGAAGUGAACUGCGACAGUAGGGAAGUGUGUGUGUGUGUGUGUGUGGUGUUCGUGUUAUGUGUGAACGUGAGACCAAAUAAAUAUUAUAUUAUUAUUAUUAUUAUUAUUAUUAUUAUUAUUUAUUAUUAUUAUUAUUAUUAUAUUAUAAGAUUAGACUCUCUCCGAUGCGGGAAUCGCAAGCAGCCACUAGGCAUUUUCGUCCCGACAGAUUUGAGUGUAAUGUUGCACUCGUUGCAGGCUCCGCUGGUGCCCCGCGGCGCGCCCGUGGUGAACGCGUUGUCCAAGCAGCGGGCCGCCAUCGAGAAACGUGCUUCGCGCCGCGCUGGGCCUGCCGCCAGACAACGCCAUGCAGCUGGAGCACCGGCUCGCCCACAGCCCAACCACCCCCACGGGCGAACACGACUAUGCUUGCCAACGGCACGCCCCUUGACCCAAAGGUUGCCGGAAGAGAGGCUUAGAGUAUUUACAAGGGGAGAUGAAGUGAAUGAAUGCGACAGUAGUGUGUGUGUGUGUGUGUGGUUGUUCGUUGUGGCUACCACUGGCAAUCACCAAUUGUACCAAAUAAAUAUUAUUAUUAUUAUUAUUAUUAUUAUUAUUAUUAUUAUUAUUAUUAUAAGAUUAGACUCUCUCCGAUGCGGGAAUUUUCGUCCCGACAGAUUUGAGUGUAAUUGUUGCACUCGUUGCAGGCUCCGCUGGUGCCCCGCGGCGCGCCCCAGCGGGCCGCCAUCGAGAACGUGCUUCGCGCCGCGCUGGGCCUGCCGCCAGACAACGCCAUGCAGCUGGAGCACCGGCUCGCCCACAGCCCAACCACCCCCCACGAGGCGAACACGACUAUGCUUGCCAACGGCACGCCCCUUGACCCCAAAGGUUUGCCGGAAGAGAGUCUUCGGGCGGGGUACCGUCUCAGUCGGAAGGUGGACAUGGUUGUUUGUUCCUUUCGUUUCAUGUUCUGACCACUGA